CUGCAGCAGAAACAAGCAGAGGACAAAACAAAGCGAGAGCGAGACAGGAGCUGGGCGUGUGUUGACAGAGUCGGGUCUGCGCCGUCUUUCCUUGACAGAAUGGGUAACCCCAUCGUAGACUUGUUUUCCGCCUGCCUGACAGCAUGGCUCGUGUUUUACGGGGCUUUGCUGUUGACUUUCGACCUGUGGCCGUUCUUCGCGUUGAGUGUCGGGACGGUCAUCCCUGUGCUGCUCUUCGUCGCGGCUUGGUGGCUGCGGGUCCCGCCGCCCGCCGCCGAAGUUGUCAAUGAAAUUCUGGGCCCCGAUCCGGUCCAUGGCGUCCCAGAGAAGGGCAAGUUUCUGAUGCGCUCCGUCGCGCACCGCGGCGCCCCCCUGGACGCCCCGGAGAACAGCAUCGUCGCUUUCCGGAUGUGUGCAGCUAAAGGAUGCACUGCCGUUGAACUUGACGUUCAGCUAACCAAAGAUGAAGUACCUGUUGUCUUCCAUGACACCACUGUGGAACGGUUAACUGGGAAGCAAGGAGUCGUCAGUGAGAUGACUUGGGAUGAACUAAGUAAACUGGACAUUGCAGCCACUCACCAUCUCAGUGAUGAAUUCAAAGGAACGCGAGUAGCUCGUCUAGAUGAAGCCAUCAAGGAGUGUCUAGAACAUGAUUUGCGUAUUUUCAUCGACCUAAAAGACAAAGACACAAAGCUGGUGAAAGUUAUCCUAGACAUAUUUUCAAAGUUUCCAAAACUUUACUCAAGAGCUGUUGUGUCUGGCUUUAACCCUUUGCUCAUUUACAUGGUCCGCAGAGCCAACCCAGGCAUUACCUGCUCAUUGGCGUUCAGGCCAUUUUGGUUCACUGCAAACCAGUAUUCUGGUGAGGGUGGGCCAAUCCAGACAGUUCCACAGCCAUUUGGAAUGCCUAUUCUACUGGGCGUCUUGGACAAGAUAAACCAUUGGAUGUUGAAUCACUUCACCUAUUACUUUCUUGGUUUAUCUGCUAUUCUUCUACACAACGACAUUGUAUCGCAAGAAGAUUUGCGAAGAUGGCGUGAACGACACCUCAGAGUUGUUGCUUGGUCAGCCAACAAGCCAGUUGAAAAGAAAUAUUUCUCCAAAAUUUUAAAAGUUACCUACAUGACUGACACAAUGAUUGGAGAACCGGACACCAAUAGUGAUGAAAUUAUCCAUGGCUAAUUCAUCUCAAGUCAUUGAUAAUUGAGAAGUAAGCCUGCUGCACACCAACACCUUAUGUACUGGUACAUCCAUCAUACAUUGUGGAACAUUUUCAACAAGAAUUUUACCUAAGCAAUAAUUAAUUUUAAGGUUUAAUCAAUUUUACGCUGUACCUUUUAUUAUUAUUUACGAGUCAGCCCAUGUUUUUUUUGGUACGUUCUGUAGUCAUGAUUUUAAUGCACUAUUCUGCCAUUUUUUUACCUUUUAACAUAUUUUUUUCUUAUGAAUGUGACAGACAUGGGAACUGGAGAACAGUGCAGCUCCUUGUGACCUGAAGUUGGCAAUGUUUUACUUACUGCAUCUAUAAUCUUGUAGGCUGCCUUGUGUGCUUUAUUUGUUCCUUCUAUCUUUUAUCAAGCUGUUUAUAAUAAUUAAGUUACUCUGUGAUGAUUUUUCUUCUCGAUAGCUUUACUGAUAGUGUAAUUGAGCCACUUGAAUGGGACCAAUCAGCUCAAGCCAGAUUUCUUUCCACAUUUGUUUAAAUUACAAGGGCCUUUUUUUUAAAUGCAUAAGACUUUGAACUUGAUAAUGUCCAAAAGACAACUUUGCUGCAUUUAUCAAUUUAUAUUGAAGCUGUGAUGUGGUAGCUAACAAUCAAUGUGUACAUAAUGCAUCAUGAAUUUAUUCUUUUUGGAGCUUUUGUUGAUUUUGCUGUUGAGCAAGAGAUAUGUGUAGAUUAAUGAAGAUUCUGAUUACUGUACCUUCCACUCCAAUCGCAUUUAUUUGACUGGUGAAAUUUUACCUUGUGCAAAGGGACGAAGAAUCUGAUCUUCUGUGAUAGUUUGUAAUUCAAAUACAGUACUGUGGACCACAGGAUUGAUGAUUAAAGAAGAACUUUAUGCCAACAAAGCUUUUAUUUACAGAAUCCACAUGAUUUCACAAAAAUUUACUGACAUAAUUUUGAGUGAUUAACCACUGUUGCAUACUAAAAGGAUAACAAAUUUAGGACAUAAUCUAAAAGUUGGCUGUCACACAUAUUCUUGUAAUAUUGACAAGGGACAAAGAUCUUGUGAUGUGAAACCACCAAUUAAAUACAAUAAACAUUAAAAAUUUCAUAA